UAAAGGGCGGUUGCUUUUUGUAACUGAUUGCUGUGAAAUCUACGCUCGAACUGAUCUUAAUAUUGCGCGCCUUCGUGACGUAGAACAGUGAUGAAUUAGACUUUACGUUUUAUUCGUGAUGACGUCUUCUAUGGAUAUGAAAACCAAAAAAUUGGCCAAUAUAAAAAUUUCUCAAUACCAUUUGAUAGAUGGUCGUAGAUCAGAACGUCUUCUUGCAGUCCGGAAAAGAUAAAAUUGAAAACUUACAAUGUUUUGUGGUUCAGUUUGCGUGAUCUGAUUUUAAUAUUAACAACAGAUGGUUUUAGUUAUAGUAAUCUCAUUUAAAACUAAUCAACUGUAACACUAUAUGAUCAUAUUAUUUACCGACUUUACAGUCUUCACUACAACAUAGAUCACGUUUCAGUAAACGUCUAUUUAAACUCUAUGCGUCGAGGUUCAAAAUAAAAACUAAGAGAAAUUUUUCAAGAAAAACGCAUAUAUUAUUACGGACGUUUUGCCAUAAAGAUUCUCUAACAACGACCAGCAAGAAUUUCCAUAUUAUGAAUUCUAUAAAUCGUUUGGUUCUUUACAUUUUGACCUUAUUUAGCGUCAUUAUAAUUCCAAUGUCCGUAAGUGUGAGCGUCGUGAAUGUCGAUGACUAUGACCCAGGCUCCUGUAAUCAAACUAAAGCAUUUCAAGUGUAUUCUGUAAAAGACAGAAACGAUGAAACAAAACUGUGGAUUUGCAGUAAAGAAAAUGGAAAAUACUUAUGGAAGCCUUUGGAUGGAAAGGCGUUUGUUGGUGAAUAUUUAAAUCCAGGCUACGAUUGCGCAGAUAUUUUAAAUCGAGAAGAAGAUGUUCAAGAUGGAUAUUAUUGGAUAGAUUUCGGAGGCAGUAACAAACGAAAGGUAUGGUGUGACAUGAAGACAGAUGGUGGUGGAUUUACGCUCGUUGCAAGAAAAUAUGAUGCUGUCACGUGGGACAUACCGUCAAUAGAUAAGCCCGUUCAUCCAUUUAGCAAAGGCAAAUAUUGGACAAGUCAACUAGGAGACGCUCCCAUAUUGGAUUUUAGAAUACAGUUGUCUACAAGUGACUCGUUUGAUGAUACAAAAUCUCAUUGGUUUUACAGACUGCGACAAACCAGGAAACUGAAAAACUUAAUGAUUACUGAUCGUGGUUGCAGUCAUCAAAUGCCAGGAAUUGGAGACAUAGCUUACGUUAAAGAUUUAAUAACAGAAAAGAUAACAACAAGAUCUUUUAAGUGUUCAGUGUUUGGACCCAACACUGGCUCUCACAUUAAAGUUGGAUGGUCGAUGAUGAAUGAAUGCCUAAAGAAACCUUGCAGUGGUUCAGGAUAUUUACAUCUAAAAGGUCAAAAACCAAUCAAGUUUCAAUUUAAUGCAGCUUUUAGUUACAGUGCGUCAAAUUCAAGAUCAGGAGUAUUUCAUAAUUCCACAGCUUAUCUUGGAUGUUAUGACGGAACAUGUUGUGGAUGUUUUGGUCCACCGGGAGGAACAGAUAAUUACUGUGGUACAAAAUGUGACGCCAUCAAUGGUGGAUCGAUAAUCAACAGUAAAAAUAUCUAUACCUGGAUCUGGGUGAGAUCCAAUCUUCCCAAACGACUGUGGAACAAAUGUAUGGAGUAUCAAAGUGAAGAUGAAUUUGGUCAGAUGCAAUGGUACAUCUUAAAAGGAGAUUCUGCAGCUCCUAAGAAGGGAAGAUGUCAGCAAGAAAACAAACUACGUUUAAACAGUGGGGUUGUUGUUGUCCCUGACAACAAAACUGAACAGAAAGUUCCUAAAAUACCGGGAUUACUGGAAUAUCGUCUGGAUGAAAAGAAACUUUAUGUAAGAUCAAACAAAACAUGGAACAUACUUUCACAGGAAAUGGAGGUCAACAAAAAAUUGGAAGCAAAAUUUAAUAAACUGAUGAAAAAAAUUGAGGCAACAGACGCUGAGUGGAAACGUAAAAUGAAUUUGAGCAAUGAAAAGCUGCAAAAUGAUUUCAAAAUAAUUUCUGCUGAACUGAAAAAGAUUAAAAAUGAAAAUGCAAAAUUGAAGACAAAAUUGGUUUUCUCUAAACCAAACUACAACAAAAUCAAUUUAGUAUGUGGAGGUCAGUACAAGUGGUUAAAAGAGUCCAACAGAAGAUAUGACUAUACGUCAUAUGACCGCUACUGUGAUUCAUCAUUGUCUGGUUGGCAUAGAUUUGGUGGAAGUGCUGGAACCAAAAUGUUCACAGGAUGUGUAAAGCAAGGUGACAAACGUUGUGGUACAGUUGUUCCGGGACAUUUAACAGGAGGUCAUGCUGGAGUGAAUGAUGGGAUUGUUGAACGUACUGUUUGUUUUUCUCUUAAUAAAAAGUGUUGCUGGUGGAGACGUACUAUAAAAGUUCUCAACUGUGGUUCAUUUUAUGUUUAUAAAAUUAAUGGGACACCAGGUUGCAAUAUAAGAUAUUGUUCCACAGGAUAGGAAAAGGAAAGUAACCAGAGUUAUAAAGAACAAUUUACGUAAAAAUUAAUGAUGAAACUUCUCACAAUGAUUUCAUUUCAUUACAUAUUAUAAAAUAUGCAAUCCAGUGUAUUUGUUCAUUGAAAAUUAGGAGCAAGUGCGUAUUUUUUUGUUAAUUGUUUUCAAAGAUUGCUUUCAAUUAUCUUUUCUUGUUGUUCUUAAAAUAUGAGACGCGACUUCAAGAAUUUCUUCUUUACAUGCAUUCUGUAACAUGUAAACAUUAAAGUCGAUCUAAAUGUCUGUAAUAAAGCUAGACAGUUAUGUCAACUUCAUUUCAUAAAAA